UGCUAAUGAGCGGCGAGGAAUUUUGCCUCGUUGGUGACGAUUGCUCGGAAAGUGUUUGGCUAUUCAUCUUCGGAACUGGAGAAUACUCCGAUCACAUAAUCGGAAGGGGUGACAUUUAUUGGUAACUCAGAAGAAUAACACGAAGUUGUUUGCGUCCAUGCUUCAGCUUCUACGAACAACUUCAGUCAUCGAUGUCAUUGAUCUGAUUGAAAAAAUUUCCUACGUUUUGAAGUAAAAUUAUCCAGUGACUGCAGGCGAUGUCCAGCUGGACUUCUCUCGACCACGAUGACGCGACGUCAUCGAGCGAUGGGGAGGACAUCGUCGGGGAAACUGCCCUCCCUGGACAAAAAAUACACACUCUACGCAAAACCAGAAGAACGGAAAAAAAAUCGUUAUAUUCUGAACUCGAACAAGAUUCGCAACUGGAUAAAUCCCACGGACGUUCACCUCGAGAAAAACACACCGAAAAAAAUGGCCAACCGCAACACCAGCUCCAGAAUCUUUUGGACAUCAAGGACGAACGAAUAUGCGCCUUACAAAAGCUCAUCAACGGUCAGAGAGAGCAGCUUUAUCAUUUUUUAAAGAUGUCUGUCAAGGAAGACACCUUACUUGAGCUAAAAAAGACCUGUCGAGAGACAGAAGCGCUCCAUAGGAACGAAAAUAUCUCCAUGGCCUUGGAUAAGUUCAAGUACGAUAAUAGCUUGCCUACCGAACAGACACUGGUACGCGAAGAUAUAUCCAGAACAUUGUUCCAGGUGGAAAAACUCAUGAAACGUCAAGUAAGAAAGUAAUUAGGCCCUGGUGAUCCUGCGAUUUCAAUUUUAUUAACUUCCAGGCAAGGGUCAUGAAAAUUUUGGAAUUGGGCGACACUGAUGGAAAAAAGCAUGUUACCGAAAAGAACGUGGCGGUGAUGUGCUUCACACGUGAUGAUCAACUUACAGACGUCCAAAAGCUGGUGAAAAGUACAAAGCAGAUAGAACGAAGGCUUGAAAUUUUGAGAUUUCAAUUAAAAAAGCUGGCUUUGAUUGAGGAGGAGCGAAUCGAUCUGAUAGAACGCGUUCACUCUCUGCCAUCCGACCAACGUCAACAUUACGCUCACCUCGUCGUAUUCGAAAAAGAAAAAAAUGAUUUACGUUCCGAAAUCGAUAGACUGACGGAAAAUUGCAGGGAUUUGAAACAAAAAUGCUCUUUGCUCGAGAACGCGGAACAGGAACUGAAGAAAAGCGUAAACGCCAAGAUCGCCGAUCUCGACUUGAAUAAAAUUCAACCCGGACUCGAGUCGCACUUAAAAGUUAUGGAAAUGGUUCAGCCAGGUGAACUGUCGUCAAUUCCUGCAAAAAAAGAUGCUAAGGAAACAUUCGCCGACGAUAUCAUUGAAGUGUUCAACGAUAACGCAGGUUUAACCCAGCGACUGCAAGACUCCGAUAAAACGACGAGGGAGCGUGACGAUUUGAAGCGACAAAUCGAGGUCCUUGUAGAAAACUGUUUCCGUCUACAGAAUGAAGUCAAGGCGUUGCGUCUAGCCGGUAAAACUGAUGAUCUAUUGCAAAAACUGCGGCAGGCAUGUCUCGAAAGAGAACAAUUUAGAGUGCAGUUGGAACGAGUCACCAAAGAAGGUCCGGGAGUUUUAAAAAUUUGCGGAGAAACCGCCAGUAAAGUAGCGGAAGAAAGGGAUCAACUUCGACUGAAGCUUGCGGAGUAUCUGACGAUGGAGGAGGAUAUAAAAUCUUUGCGUUUCACGGCUAGUCAAGCGGAGGCGUAUCGAAUUGAGGCAGAACGACUAAAAGAGGUCGUAGCUGAACUUGAAGAGGUGAAAGCAACGCAUAUAGCUCUACUAGACAAGAACGGAAAGAACCCUUGCAUCGUCGGUCCACCGGACAGAGACAUGUACAGAAAUAUGACCAAGCAAUUGGAGCACUUUAAGGAGGUGGAGAAACAGAGAGAACGCUUGGUGCUCGAAGUGUCAAGAUACAAAUACGCGCUAUUGAAACAAGAAGAGGAGAUAAGAGAUCUAGUUUGCAUAGCGGACAAGCUUACCGAUCAAGUCAAGGUUCUAAAAACAAACCCACCUGCUGCAGCCGUGAAUCCCGCAGAAGGAACUCCAGAGGGACCGGAAGCUACACCUGCGCUGAGCCCUGAGGACGGAAAACGCCUGGAAAGUAUUCGGAAUAGAAUUUUUCAGCAUGGUAGUAUCUCCUCUAGGACGAUACCCCAACCAGAAGUGACCUCAAAGAGCACAUCGGAGACGACCACCUUCAUAGAUUCUGUCAGGUCUUUCCUGGGCCUUGACAAGUCACUGACUAAAGCGAUCGAGUAGCGAAUCGGAUUUUCUUUCAACUCGAAAAUUUGUAUAAUUGUUUAAUGUAUUUGCUAAUAAUAAAUCGCGUUAGAGUGUGGGUGCA